AUGGAUUUGAAUGCGGACUUCAAGUCCUUUCAGAAUCUCGUCCAAGCCUCUCUCAUCGAUGUGACGAGGAGCGCAACCCAGGUGUCCAACCAAGAUUUGGGCUUCCAUCGCUCCUCCAGCGACAAAAUAUCGCGCGCCCUCGAUCGCCAAAAUGCCCACCUUCUACGCCUGACGAACAAACUCCUCAAGGCUGCCACGCAGGACACAUCACUCAAACCGCCCACGCUGCAAAAUCAGGACAGCGUAGAGGACAAUUGGCGCGGAAUUGUCGACGUCGUCGAUGGUCUUCUUGAGAAAGCUGACUCGUCGCUCGAUGAGUUCUCUGGCAUUUUUAAACCGCAGAAUGCAGCUCCCCAAGAUUCCGAACCCUCUUCCAUGUCUACAAAGACAGGUCUGGGUCUGCAGAGAUGGGCUGCAGGCAAUAUUCAAAAACCUCAAACCUUUUUCGAGAGACAGGUGAACAAUUCUGACUCGACUCCGUUCAAGCCUUUGCUUCAGACGAAGCCUCAUGCUCUUGUUCCGCUCGAAGAAAGCAUAGGAAAUGAGGAGACAGGAUACCGACACCCUUAUGCACAAGAAAUCGAACGUUACCAAUAUCCGCCUACCGUCUACAAGUUCAAGCAGCCGAUAGCGUUUAGGCCUAUCGACGAAAGCGAGCACAUCUUCGUUGACACAGAAGAAGGUGUCCUGGACAUGCUAGAAGAGCUUAAAGAUGCCGAUGAGAUCGCAAUUGACCUCGAACACAAUGACAUGCGCUCCUACGUCGGGAUGGUCUGUCUGAUGCAGAUCAGCACGCGCAAAAAAGACUGGAUUAUUGAUACACUCAAACCAUGGCGUGAGAAGCUGCAGAUUCUUAACCAGGUUUUCGCAAACCCAAAGAUCUUGAAAGUGCUACACGGUUCAAACAUGGACGUCAUCUGGCUGCAACGCGAUCUGGGCCUGUAUAUCGUUGGCCUCUUCGACACAUACCACGCAGCUUGCGCCUUGCAAUUUCAAGGGAAAGGUUUAAAGCACCUCCUUUUCCAGUUCGCCAACGUCCAUGCUCAAAAACAGUAUCAGCUCGCGGACUGGCGGGUACGACCUCUCCCAAAAGACUUGGUCGAUUAUGCUCGCUCGGACACACACUAUCUGCUGACCAUUUACGACCAUAUGCGAAACUUGCUUGUCAAUGGAUCGUCGCCCAAUGUCAACCUUACAGACUAUGUCCUGAUGCAGUCGAAGAAAGAAGCCCUCCAAGUCUACACUCGACAAAAGUAUGACCUCGAAACAGGUGGCGGCCAGCUUGGCUGGUUUGCAAUGCUCACCCAGAGAUAUAUCAAUCUCAGCAAAGAGCAGCUCGGAGUCUUUCGUGCUCUACACGCAUGGCGAGACCGUAAAGCAAGAGAGUUGGACGAAGGCAUCCAAUACAUCCUGCCCAACAAGACAUUGUGGCGUGUCGCUGAAAACAUGCCAACUUCAGUAUUCAAUUUCCACCAGACCUGCAGAGGCGACUCGAAGCUGGUCUCGGAUCGUAUUCCUGAGAUUAUUGAGGUCGUCAAGCAGGGCAAGAUCGAAGGUAAGAACGGCAAGUCACGAGAAGAGUUGGUACAGCACUGUGAAACAGUCCUUGGCCUGAAAGCCGUCCGACCACGGGAGAAAAAGCAACAUCCGCAGAGCACAUAUUCCGGGCUGGGCGCAACUUUAAAGCAAUUGGCUGCUGGCCCCAUCUCGGCGUCGCCAGACCACGUUGAUCUGACGCCUGCCGUGAAUAGAUCGUCUGCUUCAAUGUUCUGGGGCGGUGUGACACCACAAUGUCAACGGUCCUCAACAGAUAUUACAAUUGCAACUGCAGCACUGUCGUCAAUGGUUCCGCUUCGGCUGCUCGCCACCACCGAAGAGGCCGCAAAGGCUGAAGGAGCCCUGGUUCAGCCUGCAUCUGAAUCGGCCUUGACCAAACCAACCAAGGCACUCCAUCCAGAGGCCCCCACGGCAAAAGAUCGCCUUCGCUCCAAAGACGACGAGAUCUUCACGCUCAACGAGUUGUCGCGUUCAAAGGGCAAGAAGCGAAAGACAGACGACUCUCACCAAGACGCGAGCGACGAUGGCCUGACUGUUAUUGUUUCCCACAAUGGCAAGAUGAUCGGUGUCGCCAAAGGAACCACGACAGCUGGCGAUGAGGCAUUCUCAACUUCUCCUUCAUCCCAAUUCCCUUCAUCAACUUCUACAUUCCUCUACCCGGAAGUAGAGGCGAAACGUGAAGCGAAGAGACGGAAGAAGGCCGAGAAAAAGGCUCUCAGGGAUAGUCGAAAAGCUGCAGAAGAUGCUCAAGCACAAGCCACAGAGCCGUUUGAUUACGCCUCUGCGCCGUCCUUGUUUAAACCUAGCCUACAGUCAUCAACACAGCAGGGACAGGAGAGGAAGGUCAUAAACCCUUUUGCCAAGGCGUUGGACACGAGCACCGGAGCGAGACGAGCGAAGAUGGGCAAAGAGCUGCCGGGCAAAAGCAUGACUUUCAACUCUUGA